AUGGCUGAAUACAAGUUAGGGUAUUAUGAUACCAUUGCUGGGUUAUCUGCACUUGAAUGCUCUCAAAAAGUAAGUCUGACCGAAAAACAGCUGGAGGAAUUAGUUGCCGUAGAUGCAGAAGAAAGACAAAAGCGUGAUAAUAUAGAUGAAUCGUUGCAAGUGAAGGAUAAAAAGCGUAUUCCAAUUCAUGGAUACUUGGGAAAAAUUGAUACAACUGCAGCGGCAAAUGCAAAUCAUGAUUUGAAACACACACUACUGGGGGGCCAUGUUCCACGAGCGCAACUGGAAAUACUGUCAAGCACAGACUUUGCCCAUUAUUUUCAUAAGGUGCUAGAUUGUGAAAAGGCCUUGGAAGUGUAUGAUCAUUUCAUUAACCAAAAUCAAUCUAGAGGCGGCACUCAUGGCACACCAACACCGCCCGCCAGUGUUACGCCCUCCACACCCAUUCCCUUUGGCGACGUACAAAUACAAGAUAUGCACAGAAAACCCAAGGAAAGCGAUGGAGUCAAGAAAGUUAUCUUGUGUAAAAGAUGCAAGGCGCGAUUCAGCGGUCCCAGAAGGUUCACGAAUAUGAAAAAGCAUAUGUGUAUGAGAGGAUGA